CCGGGACGCCGAUGGCAGCGCGCGGCCUGGUUCAGGUCCUAGCUACCGCGUGUCUCAGUGCGAGCCUGUCCUGCCUGAGCUGCUGGGCCCCCGGUGGCCGCGGCUCGGCUCCUCUGCAGCUUCUGGGGCGAGGGCCGCCCUACAGUAGUUCAUUUUCAUCACAUUUGUUCCAUCAAAGCCCAGUCAUUAUGUCAGCUUCAAAUGGUGCUGAUGAAAAUUCCCACAACAAGGCUCGGACAUCACCUUAUCCAGGUUCAAAAGUCGAACGUAGUCAGGUACCCAAUGAGAAAGUGGGCUGGCUUGUUGAGUGGCACGAGUAUAAUCCUGUGGAAUAUACUGCAGUCUCUGUCUUGGCUGGACCCAUGUGGGCAGAUCCACAGAUCAGUGAAAGAAAUUUUUCUCCAAAGUUUAAUGAAAAGGAUGGACAUGUUGAACGAAAGAGCCAGAAUGGCUUGUAUGAGAUUGAAAAUGGACGACCUAGAAAUCCAGCAGGUCGGACAGGACUGAUUGGCCGGGGACUUUUGGGACGUUGGGGCCCAAACCAUGCUGCAGAUCCCAUCAUUACUAGGUGGAAAAGGGACAGCAGUGGAAAUAAAGUCAUUCACCCUCAUUCUGGGAAAAAUAUCUUACAGUUUGUAGCAAUCAAAAGGAAAGACUGUGGAGAAUGGGCAAUCCCAGGGGGGAUGGUGGAUCCAGGAGAGAAAAUCAGUGCUACCUUAAAACGAGAGUUUGGUGAAGAAGCUAUGAACUCCUUACAGAAAUCCAGUGCUGAGAAGCAAGAGGUGGAGGAGCAGUUACACAAGCUCUUCAGCCAAGAACAUUUAGUGGUUUAUAAGGGAUAUGUGGAUGAUCCUCGAAACACUGAUAAUGCAUGGAUGGAGACAGAAGCUGUGAACUAUCAUGAUGAAACAGGUGAGACAAUGGAUAAUCUGGCUCUGGAAGCAGGAGAUGAUGCUGGGAAGGUGAAAUGGGUGGACAUCAGUGACAAGCUCAGGCUUUAUGCUAGUCAUUCCCAGUUCAUCAAACUUGUGGCUGAGAAGCAAGGAGCUCACUGGAGUGAGGACUCAGACCCGGGCUGCCAUGGAUGAUGGCUAAAGAAUCUCCAUGUAUAUUUCAGGUCUUCAAGUGAACAGUGGUGGAGGGCACGGAAGGCAAAUUAGAGAGGGCAGGUCACCUAUUUGAAUGGUUGUUCUAUUCAUUUCUGAAAUUGUAUUUGAGUGUUUUUGGGUCAUGGGUAUGAUAGAAAAUAGAGUGGAAUGCUUAAAGAGAAGAAAAGCUUUCUAGCUAGGAGAAGAGGAAUAUAAAACGUAGUCUUCUGUACAUGUUAUAUUUAGCCAUGGCUUAAACCAAAUUAAAUUACUGCUGCUUUUUGAAGACUUGCAGACCUAAAUAAAGACAUGACUGACUGAA